AUGAUUGAUAUAAUACCAAAGGAUAUUAAUACUCUCAGAGAUAAAAAGAAGAAGAAAAGAGAAAGAAAGAAAUUAAAUGAUGUGAUAUGUUCAAAUGGUAACACAACAGUUGGUGCAGCCAGUAGCACCGAUUUAUUAGAGCAACAGUUAAAUAAUGACAGUAACCAAAAUGGCUCUUUAAAUAAUAAUAGUAAUAACAGCAGCAAUAAUAAUAGGAAAUGUUUUAAAACCAAUAAUUCAAAUAAUAGUAUCAUUAUGGUAAACCAUAAUAAUCAACAAAAAGAAGAUUGUUUAAGAUGUAAUAAAAAUAAUAGAUUUAACCACAAUAAUUGUAUAAAUAAAAUAAAUGGUAUUGAUAAUAGCAAUAGUAAUAAUAAAAAUAUUUUUAAAAAUAAAAAUAAAAUGGAUAUAGAUAUAGAGGAGGAUGAUAUGGUUUAUAUGGAUAUAGAUAGUUGGUAUAGUGGCGAUCCAUUGGUUUCAGAGGUUUUAAAGGAUGAAAAAGAGACGCUAGGGCUAAUAGAGAAAAAAAAAUUAGAAUUGCAAUCAGUUGAAAAGACAAUUUCAACUUUACAAGAAGCAAAAGAUGCAAUAUUAAAAGAUAUCCAAAUAAAAAAACAAUUUUUAAAAUCUGUUCAAAAAAAGAAAGAGGACCAAAUAAAAACAAUAACUAAUAGCUACCACUCAAUCGCAACAAAAUAUAAUUUAUCUCAAGUAGAGUGUCGUACUUUAACUUUAAUUUUGCCUGAAGAAGUUAUGUUACAUAUUUUUAAAUUCCUUUCACCAUUGGACAUAUGUAGAGGAGUUUGCAGAGUUUCAACUAAAUGGAGAUCAUUAGCAUUUGAUUUGGGUUUAUGGAGAGACCUCUGCUUACAAAGAAGAUUAUUAGACGAAUCAUUAAAUAAUUCAAGCGAAAAUAUAAAUAAUAACAAUAAUAAUAACAAUAAUAACAAUAACAAUAACAAUAACAAUAACAAUAACAAUAACAAUAACAACAAUAAUAACAAUAAAUUAAGCUGGAAUAGUAAUUGGUAUGUUGGUGAAUAUAGAAAAGAUACAAAUUGGAGAAGAGGGAAGUAUAGUACAACUAUAUUAAGAGGUCAUAAGGAGAUUGUAUGGAGUCUUUUAUUCGAAUCAGAUAGCAAUACCUUAAUAAGUGGCAGCGAAGAUAUGACAGUUAAAGAAUGGAAUUGCAAUGGAGUUGGUAAUAGCGCACAGUUUUUAGAUGAUCUAGAUGAUAGCAAAAAACGUUGUACAAAAACACUUACUGGUCACAAAAAUGGCACAAUUUGUUUGGGAAGUACAGAAACACGUUUGGUUAGUGGUAGCGCAGAUGGAAGUUUAAAGAUCUGGGAUCGUCAAGAUGGUAGUUGCUUAGAAACAAUUCAAACACACAGCUCUGUUUGGUGUCUACAAAUUAUGGACAACUCUUUAAUCUGUGGUUGUGUAGAUGGUACAAUGCGUGUAUUCGAUUUAAAUACCUCAACAUGUUUAAGAACUAUGAGAGGUCAUACAGCUCCUGUUAGAUGUUUACAAGCAGUAAACCACAAUGGUCAAGAUCUUAUUGUAUCUGGUUCCUAUGAUAAAACUAUCAAGAUUUGGGAUAUGAAUGCCCACUGUAUAAACACUAUUCGUGCACAUACUCAUAAAAUUAACUGCCUUCAAUAUGAAAAUGGCCAAUUAGUAAGUGGUAGCCAUGAUAGUUUCUUAAAGAUUUGGGAUAUGAAUGGUUCAUUAAUUCGUACAUUAAAGGGUCAUGAUAAUAUGAUUCAUUGUUUACAAUUUAAAGGUAAUAAAUUAUUAAGUGGUUCAACUGAUAGUACUAUCAAAUUAUGGGAUAUGAAAACCGGUGCAAAUCUAAACACAAUAAAGGGUCAAUCGGCAGUUUGUUGUCUUAAAUUUAAUGACUCAAAAUUAAUUACUGGUUAUGAAGAUUCAACAAUUAAAAUAUUUGAUUUUUCAUACUAA